CUAAUUGGCCAACAAAGCCACCGAAAAAUUAGGAGAGCACUUCCUAUUUUGUUUUCAUUUAAAAUGGAGUCUAAGGUUUCUCUGAUGAGGGGGGGAGACCAAGUGCAGUUUCGUUGAGAAAAAAACUGGAAAUUUCCCAUUUGUUUUAAAUUUUAUUUCUCUUCCGAUCGUAUUCCUUCUUCACCUCUCUCAUAAUUUUGGCGAGCCGCGAUUCUGGGACAGGUUCUCAUCAGAAAUCAGAAGUGAACUGUAAAACUGUUUUACAAGGUCGAAAAUUUGAUGGAGCAGUCACCGUUUCUUAAACUGAAGCACUGACAAUGGUGGGCUUUGGCGGCAAUCAACAUUUUCUUCCUCAUUGUUGGCCAAGCUGGAGAAAUGGUAUAUCAAAGUUUGAGUUUUUUUUUGAAGAAGAUAAAGAGGGAGAAACAUGGAGCUUCCGGGGCUACCAUGGGUCGACGCAAUCAAGUCCUUCAAGUUGUCGUUUCUGCUCUUCAAUCCUUUGGAACAGUGAAGAAGUCUUCCCGUCAGGUGAUCGAGCGGAACUACUCUCGCAUGACGCUCGAUUUCCACACCAACAAGAAGAUCAUCGAAGAAGUCUCCAUCAUCCCAUCCAAGAGGCUCCGCAACAAGAUCGCCGGGUUCUCCACCCAUUUGAUGAAACGAAUUCAGAGGGGUCUCGUUCGCGGCAUUUCCCUUAAACUCCAAGAGGAAGAGCGUGAGCGUCGCAUGGAUUUCGUCUCCGAUGAAUCUGCUAUCAAGGUCGACCAAAUCGAAGUCGAUAAGGAAACGCUCGAUAUGCUUUUGGUUCUUGGGAUGGUUGAUAUCCCUGGUCUCGUUAAGGUUGACCCGGUGGAUGUCGUUCCUCAAAUCGGGUUCGGCCGCGGUGGUGGACCCGGUAGGAGGUUUUAAGCGAUGCCUAUUCGAUCUCGUUCAUCGGCUGCAGCAAGCUAAACGACCCUAAAGUAGACCAGAACCCUCCAUUUUCCUUCUCUAACAUUCGAUCCAGCAACUCACCGUGCACUCAAUGACUCGGUUGUUCAUCAGGACGUGUCAUCGACAAUAGCUUUCAAGGAUGCUAAGCAAGAGAAAACUGACAUUAUUAAUAGCAAUCUCAGCCUUUCUCUUAAAUAAAUAAUAAAGCCCACGUGAGUUGUGGGAUGUGAAGGAUGCCAAAAAGGCUAUUCAGAGGGAUGGCAAGAUGGUGCUACAAC